AUUAUUAAGGAGACGUUGUUAAUCCUGUGAGAUAAGUUUAAUGUUUAGUUUGAGGACUGAAACACCAAAGGGUUUGUCCCUUGAGUUUACACACGGUUACGUAGGUGUCAGUUAAAGAGAAAACUGGAACAAAAGGAAAACUGUGUGAUUUCGUUUUGUUUGCAGGGCUGUAUCAAUGCUUAGACCUGAAACAAUUUUACUAUUUAUCCUGCUUCCCUUAUCUUCAAGCUCAAGAAGAUAGAUUACUGUUACAAUUACUGGUUCAGUGAGAAAGAGAAACUGGGAAUCUCCACUGAAAUGAGAAGACAGGCCAAAGUGCAAGCAAGUUGGAUCCCGCUUGUCCUUGUGGAAAUACGUGCUGCCGCCUGUCCCUGAGAGUGGCUUGUUCACCACAAAUAUCUGGAAAGUGGCACAUGGAGGACAGCAGACCAGCACCUAAGGAAUCCAUCUCUCUCGCAUCCAUGGCCUAUGGUCUGGACAACAGGGGGGCUGAGCUCUUGGAAAGCCUGGAGGAAGGCCGGUCCCCUGGCAGUGACUUGAGCCCCGCAGCCGGCAGGGACAACCAGAGCAAGGCCAGCCGGGAGCCCUUCUCAGGAUGGAGGACCCUGCAGCCAGCCCUGAGAGUGAGACACUUCUGCAGGAAGCAUACACAGCUGUUUCGAUGGAUCUGCACAGGCCUGCUCUGUACCGCAUUCGCUGCCUUCCUGCUCAUUGCCUGCUUCCUGGAUUUCCAGAGGGCCCUGGCUCUGUUUGUCCUCACCUGUGUGGUCCUUGUCUUCCUGGCCCACAGCCUGCUGAAGAGGCUGCUGGGGCCAAAGCUGCGGAGGUGUGUGACGCCUUUGGGGCAUUCCCGCCUGAUCCCCUGGUUUAAGAGGGGUCUAGCCCUCGCUGCUUUCCUGGGCCUGGUCCUGUGGCUGGUUCUGGACACAUCCCAGCGGCCUGAGCAGCUGGUCUCCUGUGCAGGAAUCUGUGUGUUCGUCAGCAUCCUCUUUGCCUGCUCAAAGCAUCAUCGCGCAGUGUCCUGGCGGGCCGUGUCCUGGGGCCUUGGGCUACAGUUUGUACUUGGAGUCUUCGUCAUCAGAACAGAGCCUGGAUUUAUUGCGUUCCAGUGGCUGGGCAACCAGAUCCAGGUCUUCCUGAGUUACACCCAGGCCGGCUCCAGCUUCGUGUUUGGGGAGACUCUGGUCAAGGAUAUCUUUGCCUUUCAGGUUCUGCCCAUUAUCGUUUUCUUCAGCUGUGUCAUGUCAGUUCUCUACUACCUGGGCCUCAUGCAGUGGGUGAUCCUGAAGAUCGCCUGGCUGAUGCAGGUCACCAUGGGCACCACAGCCACCGAGACCCUGAGUGUGGCUGGAAAUAUCUUUGUAAGCCAGACCGAGGCUCCUCUGCUGAUCCGGCCCUACCUGGCAGACAUGACACUCUCUGAAGUGCACGUAGUCAUGACCGGAGGCUAUGCCACCAUUGCCGGCUCCCUGCUGGGUGCCUACAUCUCCUUCGGGAUCGAUGCUGCCUCCUUGAUUGCCGCCUCUGUGAUGGCCGCCCCUUGUGCUCUGGCGCUCUCCAAGCUGGUCUACCCAGAGGUGGAGGAGUCCAAGUUCAGGAGUGAGGAAGGAGUGAAACUGAGCUGCGGAGAUGCUCAGAACCUCCUGGAAGCCGCCAGCAGCGGGGCUGCCAUGUCGGUGAAGGUCGUUGCCAACAUCGCAGCCAACCUGAUCGCCUUCCUGGCGGUACUGGCCUUCGUCAACGCUGCCCUCUCCUGGCUGGGGGCCAUGGUGGACAUCCAGGAACUCAGCUUUCAGCUCAUCUGCUCCUACGUCCUGCGGCCUGUGGCCUUCUUGGUGGGCGUGGCCUGGGAGGACUGUCCGGUGGUGGCCGAGCUGCUGGGGAUCAAGCUGUUUCUGAACGAGUUCGUGGCCUACCAGGAGCUCUCCCAGUACAAGCAGCGCCGGCUUGCAGGGGCCGAGGAGUGGCUCGGCGACAAGAAGCAGUGGAUCUCCGUCAGAGCAGAAAUCCUCACGACGUACGCCCUCUGUGGAUUUGCCAACUUCAGCUCCAUUGGGAUCAUGCUGGGAGGCCUGACCUCCAUGGUCCCACAGCGUAAGAGUCACUUCUCCCAGAUCGUGCUCCGGGCACUCUGCACAGGCGCCUGCGUGUCCCUGGUGAACGCCUGUGUGGCAGGGAUCCUCUACAUGCCCAGGGGGGCUGAGGUCAACUGUGCAACCCUCCUGAACACGACCCUGAGCAGCAGCAGCUUUGAGGUGUACCAGUGCUGCCGCGAAGUCUUCCAGAGCACCAGCCCAGAGUUCGGCCCCGAGGCCCUGGAAAACUGCUGUCGAUUUUACAACCACACGAUCUGUGCAUAGCGGGGGACAUGCCUUUGUGCCUCUGAUGGCUGUUCCUCUCCAGGAGGCAGCUGUCCCACCUUUCCCUUCCCAGGCUUCUCCUUGGAAGUCACAUGGCUUAGACCCACCACAGUCACAUACCGGGAAGGAGUGACGGGGUGAGCGGGCAGAGACUGAGUGGGUGUGUGAGUGAAGGAUGCCCCCCACUCUUCACACUCUUGCUGCUCCCCCACUCCCUGCCUCCCCAAUGUGAAUUCUCAGGGUCACCUCUGCCUCCUCUUCUCUCUUCUCCAUGUCUGUCCGACAGCAUCCUGUCUUCUCUAGGCCACCCCCACCCCCGCCAUGCGUCUGUUGUGGUCCCUCAGCCUGGUCAUUUCAGCCCCCACCUCUCCUCCUCUCUGGGCAUUUAAGUCUUGCUGGGGCUUACCCCUGCCCCCGGUUUCUCCUGGACACCCCUCCUCUCCUUUCAGAGACUCCCCCACACCUUCCCCCGUAACACUUCCCAAACUGGUGUCCCGUGGAAUACUGCCCCACAAGGUGUCCAGAAGCGUCCACAGUCCACUAGAUUUGGGAAACAUAAAUAAAGUGAGACAGAUUUUGGUUCUUCGCUCUUUC